AUGCAGCUGUUUCUGCCGAUUUUGUUGGCGACAGCUGACCAUUGGAUUUGUGUUGUUAUAAACCUUGUUGACAAGCGUAUUGAUAUCCUUGAUUCAAUGAAGCUAAAAACUGAAGAAAAGACCGUAGCUACUGCGGAUGUGGUAUCGGCGCUGUUUACUAUUUUGAAGCGGACAAGGCCGAUGGAUUACCCAUGGAAGAAUUGGAUUAUCCACCACCCAGAUGUCCCACAACAAAAUAACAUAUUCGAUUGUGGGUUUUAUACCUUAAGGUUUAUGGAGCACUGGACUGGGGGAAGGAUGAAUACACGCGAACUAGAGGGUAACAUGGGUAUUGAUAUGCGAAUGAGGCUACUCGUACGAUUUAUAUUAUCCCCGCACAACAACAGGCGAGAUGAUGUACUGCAGAAGUGCAGAUAAAAUUUUUCAGGUACCCUUGCAUU